CUACGUCGCAACGCGCGUCAGUCUUGAUCGGUCCGCGUCAGCUGUUGUGUCAUAGCGCUACGGUAGGCGUCUCUAAACGUAGUUAAGCAAACCGAGCAUUCUGUGAGCCGAAGUUAAGAAACGAAGUGCUACAAAGAGCGGCAGAGUAAACGCGUGCAUUGUGCGUCUCAGAGGUCUCACGAUCGGGGACAUUGAUGACUACGGCGGCAUUAAUGCCUUUGUCCGCGCGUCGACACGGCGGAAUGAAAUAACGACAGAGGCUGGAGCAAAUCAACGAGGCUGCGACAGGCAGCGGCGACAACCUGAUUCCAAGCGUCCGUGCUCAGUCCUCAGUGUAGGCUAGUCGGUCGCUCGGCGGUCGUUGUCUUGACAUUAGCAUUAAGAUUAUUGAUGAAUUCGCAACGUUCGAGACGAGUACAUGUAAUCACAGGAGCAUCUAGACAAUCGGCUAACGCCGAAAUCUCCACCGAGUCUUCCUCUUUUAUCAUCGUCGCAAUCUAAACUCCACACGCAUCGUCAAUCACGUCAUAGCGAUAACAUCGUCUUCCUCGAUACGGCUCGACGAAAAAGUUUUUCGGCAAUUCUACUGUCGCGUUGAGGUUAUCUACGGAGAGAACGAACACUCCGGAUCGCCGUGUGUACAUCAUUUCCAUCGUGAAAGGAGAUUCCUUCCAAAUCCUGUUUGACCCAGUUUGAUAUACGGGUUGACACUGUUUGUUAAUUAGUGAUACGCGAAAAUUUUAAGAGGAUUCCGACAAAACAAGAUAGCACGCAGCAACAAACAUGGCAGCCACAGCGGCGUACGAGUACACUUACAACUGUACGAAUACUGCAUAUCUCUCAUGCGACAUCCUCGGAGGAACAAACGAGUGGCAUGAGAUCGUAGAAUAUUUUUCUUACAACCCAUGGAUAUUCUCUCUGCUUGGCAGCACUAUGGUCGGACUCACGGGAAUCUUUCCCCUGUGGCUCAUUCCUAUCCAGGAUGGCGUGGAUCUGAAAACCGGCGAAAACGGCGGCACUUUGAAGAUUCUUUUGAGCUUUGCCGUGGGCGCAUUGUUGGGCGAUGUUUUUCUACACCUCUUGCCGGAAGCAUUUGAAAGCGAAUUUCAGAGAAAGCUCAAAGAUGAUCGUGCGUCCAAGCCCGCAGGUCUGUACAUAUUGUCUGCUUUUAUAUUCUUCAUAAUUGUCGAAAAACUCGUCGCCAUUGCAAAUGAGGAAGCGCCAAUCAUUCCGGAACAACAGAUUGAUAAAACACCAACCAAGGCUGAGAACGAAGAGAAAGAGAUGGAUAAUAACAAUUGUAUUAUGAUGAACACUAAGAAGAAUGGUUUUGUAAAAGAAAACUCGACGGAUAAAGCCGAGCUACAAUCCAUCCUGGAAAAGUCACCGCAUAAAAAUGGAUUUAGACAAAUCCCGAAUGGUAUCAAAGAUUCACGAAAAAAUGGUUUUAAGGAGUCUGACAGUAUGAAAUCUGCAUUAGCAAGUGAAUGUCCGAACAAUAUUGUUAAUCAUUUGACAGCAAGGACAAAGAAGCACACAUACGAUUUGUUCGGCAAAUUUUUCAAUCGCAAAGCCUUUCCCGGGUAUCUUAAUCUUUUGAUGAACUUUCUCGACAAUUUUACUCACGGUUUAUCUGUGGGUGGAUCGUUCCUCAUUUCCUUCCGUGUAGGUGUCCUCAGCACGUUCACUAUUUUGGUGCAUGAAAUACCUCAUGAGGUUGGCGAUUUCGCUAUUUUGUUGAAAAGCGGAUUUAGCAGAUGGGAUGCUGCGCGGGCGCAGUUAAUCACAGCUAGCGGUGGGAUUGUCGGAGCUUUGGCUGCUGUCUCCUUUUCUGGCAGCUUAGAGGAAAAAACUAGUUGGAUAUUGCCAUUAACCGCAGGAGGAUUUAUACACAUUGGAAUGGUAACCAUCUUGCCCGAUCUAUUGAAAGAAACGAAUACGAAGGAGUCUUUGAAACAGCUUGGUUUUUUACUUUUCGGGAUUAUCGUUAUGGCUGCACUGAUGUUAGUUUAAGUUAAACAUAUUUCCUUACAUAUAAAAUUAAUUCUACAGAAAAAUUAUAUUAUGUUGCUAUACUCUGAAUAUGAUUUAACCGGAUCAAUAUGUUUCGGUACGUAUUAUCACAAUAGUCUCAAGUUGCCAUAAAACUAUAUAGUACUUGUUAUUCAAUUCAGUUGGAAUUUAAUGGUCAAGGAGGAAGACAUGGCGGCGAUAAAGGAUUGAUUAAAUUUAUGUGCGAUAUAUAAUUGGAUUUAGCUUAAUAUUGAAGGAACUAGUAUUUAAAUAUCUUUUACUGAGAUUAUUGUUAGUUUUCUGUUUCCGUAUAAUCUUUUGAGAAAAAUAAUGAAAAUGUUUUGCAUUUGCCAUAAUUUGACUUGCAUAAUGAAUUGUAUUUAUGAUUCUACAAAGGCUAUUUUCUCAAACUGGAAGUAAUGGUAACAGUGAAACAAAGCGCGUUCUUUCAACAAAACAAAAAGUAAUAUAAUUUAUGUUAUAUUAUUUGAAACAGAGAUUAUGCAGGUUAUCGUGUUAUUAAUAACAAAAUGAUUUGAAGAACGUUAUAAAUCUCGUUAUAAAUCUCUUUUAUAGUUUAUACAUAAAAUACGCGCAUGUUCCAUCAUAAGUGAGACAGUAUAGAUAUCUUCCAGCGUGUUGCAGAAGUAACUAAUAUUUUCCGGUAACAGGGGAAAAAACAAGAGAGGCAAUGCGAUACCAAUUAGAAAUUAUAUAAAAUCAGUAUUGACGUACAACUAUUAUGUUUUGAACUAAAAUAUAUAAUAAUAUUCAUGCUAUUUAUUUGUUUAAUUUGUAAAAGUAUGUGAGAAUUCUUAUAGAAAUUUUUGUUAGAUACAUGUACACUUAUGAUGCAAACACAUGGAUAUAUGGGAUAUAUACAGGAUGUCUCGGAAUAAUCACGAACGUAAGCGGAUAGAGCACGGUAAAGAAUUUUUUUGUUCAACUUCUCUCCUCUACUUGCUUGUUGUCGUGAUUAUUCUGAGACACCCAGUAUAAUUACAUUUUUUCCCAUUAAAAAUUAAAUU